GCAUGCACGCUUUACGUGCCUUGUCAUCACGCACCGGGGCAGGCUCGGGCUUGCAUAUUAUCGCACGAUGCCUUUUUCCAUCCUUGAGGCGGAUCAUCCACGCGGGAAAAACACGCAGCGGCGUUUUAAGACACGGCUUUAGGAUGGUAUUUUGACGUGCGGCGUGGUGUUAAAUGGGUAGCUUCUGAAAAGUGGAGGAGGGCGCAGCGGGCUAACGUGCGGGCCACUUAACACGCGAGUGAACGUGAUGCCCGCGUGACUGCGGGGUAAGGAAAAGAGGCGGCACACCAGGCGGACUUGUCACCGUUCGAUCAGUUGCAUCCCUUCUGCUGCAUUUUUUCCCCCCAAAUCGAUGGAAAGUGGUUCGUGUCGACAAGGUGAGAGAUUGUCGUCAUUUUUCUUCUCAGUGGUCCAAACAGAAGGUCAGGUGAUGCUCCGCCCGGGAGGAGAACAACGCGCACACGCAAGCAUACACACACGCAAACGCAGCUGAGAAAGAUGAGCGUCUUUUCAUCUUUCCUGUUUUGGGAUGUUUGACAAUGCGAAGCCUGCUGCUGCUGUUGCUGCAUUGCCCCUGGCGAGAGAGUGGAAGGAGAGGAAAGAAGCGAGCGAAAGCGUCAGUAUGAGCCACGCGGAGGAGUCUUGUUGCAAGAGGAGGUUGCUGCUUUGAGAUGUAUUGACUUCUACAGUCAUGGCUGAAACAGUCAAACGAGCCGACUGUUUGUGUGCUCCAUUCUCAACUUUCUGCUGACCAGGCUCCAAAUGUACAGCCACCCUUGAACUUUGCUUAAAGACCGAUAGACUAAGCCCAAGCUCCUUCCAUCACAUUUCUAACAUGCCCUCGCCAUCAGACUCCAGCAGUGUGGCAUCAGGGUCACGGGGUUGGUCGGACAGCCGGCGUGGCUUUUCGGGUCGAGGCCCCGGGGGGGCCAGGCUGCUCCUUUACCUGGGCCUGUGCCACCUGAGCCUGGGCGCCAUGGUCCUGGCCUUCUCCUUCACCAGCAUGGCCUUCACCUCGUCUGCUCGUGUCAGGCAGUCCUGUCCCUUCUGGGCUGGAUUUUUUGUGGUGGCAUCUGGGAUCGUUGGCAUUAUCUCAUGGAGGAGACCUUUAACGCUAGUGGUUUCUCUUUUCAUGCUGCUGUCUGCAGUGUGCGUGAUCCUCAGUUUGGCCGGCUCCAUGCUCUCCUGUCAGAACGCACAGAUGGUCAAGUCCAUGCUCACCUGUGAGAUAGAGAACGGCCGUUGUGUGUGUUGCGUACCCACGGAACCCUGCUCCAGCAAAGAGGAUGGAACCCUUGUCCUCAACCUGAAUUCAGACUGCCACUCGGUUAGACAUCAACUGAAGGACUUGUUGUUUAGCGCGUGUGGUCUGAGCAUUCUUUCCACCAUCAUCUGCACUCUGUCCACGGUUACCUGCAGCAUCCAUAUUUUCUCCUUGGACCUUGUGCACCUGCUAGCGCCCCACCGUUCCCGUUCCGUCAACCCGGAAUGCACCACGCCUCAGGACGCCUUCUUGACCAACGUCAUGGACUUUGAAGAGUUUGUUCCACCCAUUCCACCGCCCCCUUACUAUCCUCCCGAGUACACCUGCAGCUCAGAGACUGACGCACAGAGUAUCACCUACAAUGGCUCCAUGGAGAGCCCCAUCCCUCUCUACCCGACUGAUUGUCCUCCUCCUUAUGAGGCUGUGAUGGGACAAAGAGCUCUGAGCCAGGCAACAAUGUUUGACCAACACGGUGCUGAGAUGUCCGCGGAACGAGCGACGUCGAUGGCGUUCAGUGGAGAAGUCUCCAUGGACAGCGGGUCUCUGCUCAUGUCAGAGAUCGUAGACAUCCCCGAUGAUUCGUCCCCGUCUGAGGACUCGUGUCUGUUGGAGGUGGCGCUGAGGAACCAAGGCGGCAGGGCCAGCAGGACGGCCAGUGAGGUGAGCGACGGGCCGGACGGCGGAACUGAGCGCCUCAGCCUCCGUGCUCCUCGGUCGCAGACGCCGGAGAGUCCUCUGGCCGGAGGACCGAGAGCAAGACGUUUUCUUAGAGGAGAGAGGUCCAACUCGUGUUCUUCACCCAGCACUGCAACCACCACGUACAGGUCUCCAGUGUUGCGGCGCCAGGUUAUGCUAGCUCGAAGUUGUUCUCAGUUGGAAGCCACAGCUGGAUCCGCCUCACAAGAGAAAUCCCCCAUACCGGACAUCCAAGUUCGCCCUUCCACUCCUUUACGCCAAGCAGGUGCCCAUGACAACAGCGAACAGUGUGUGGGUCAGAAUGGCGGACCUCCAUUACAGCGCCAGACUCUGUACCUGCGACGACGGGCCGGGAGAAAUAACGGCGAGAGUGGAAGAAAUGACAACGAAGGCCUCCUAAGCAUCAUGAGGUCACGCAGUGAGCCCUGCCUCAGCUCCUCUAUAGCUGCCGUGGACUUGAGCUAUGGGUGCAAUAAAGCGUCUCCAGACACAGGUCCAUCCAACGAGGCGCUCCUGCUGCCCCCUACGUCUUUGCCGCCGGCUACUGCUUUACCAACAAAAGACAGCCUGAAAUCCACAGAUCCGGGGGUACAAGUUCCUUCCAAAGCCCCGCCGGCGUCUCCCCUGCGUUUGCCCAAAGAUUACCACCGCUCACUUGGUGACCUCAAGGUGACUCGAGUCCUGAUGGCUCGCUUCCUGCAGCGCUCCAAACGCAACCUGGCACCCUCCUCCGAGCAUGCCGGGAGUGCAGGGCAGGUACCUAAAAGGAGAGGAGGAGCUGAGGGCGCUGCCGCCAACCAUCUGUCUUUGGAACAAGUCUGGCGAACCCCUUGGAGCACCAAUAGAGGACAACCCAACCAGCAUCCCCACCAGCGUACCCACCAUCACUCUCACAGCGACAGCCGCCACAACCGCAGCCACAGUGGCCACGCCCCAGAGGGCAUCCACUUGCGGAGCUGCGGGGAUCUAAACUCCUCGUCCUCUCUAACCGUAUGCCGAGUGGUGUCUCCUCACCUACAGCGCGGCUCAUCGGGAGUUCUCUACUCUGAAUCUGCGCUGUGAAGACAAGAAGGAGAUCGGAGAAGAUAAUCAAGUACAGAUUGCAAGUUGUUCAGAUAUUUCAAGGCCUAGCAACUCUAAAGUAUUUUGGCCUGAUUCAGAAGGUGCUGUACAUUGCUCUGAAUACAAGACCACACACUUGCCCGGCUUCAUCUAAACCGUGUUAGCCGAGACCCUCUUUCCAUUCACUGCAGCCUUAGUGGAAAAAUCUUGGAGACUGACAGACCCUCAAGCGUUCAACAUAAUGGAUUACAAGAUCCUAAAAGGCCCUUUUAUACCUUGCUGUUCAACACAAGGAAUUGUCAGGUUGGUCAUUAAAAAAUGUAUUUUGUCUUCCAUGUAAAAAGAAAAAUGAAAAGAUACUUAACCAUCCAUAUUUAGCCGAGUGUGAUAUAAGAUAAGCAAACCUGUUCACAUUUUUCUUCUUUUCACAAUUCUACCCCACCAGCGCAUUUGCUGGCAUACAUGAUAUGAAUGCACGUCUUGUAUUCUCUAUGACUGGCCCCUUGGAAAAAUGAUGUGGUGUUCGUGCAUGUUUUGCGACCCCCACAAACAUCAGACAUAGUAUAUCAUGUGAAAUGUCUUCAUUUGCAUGGAUUGACACUUUUUCUCCCUUGUCCACAAAAAAAACGUAAAGGAAGUGUUGAAAGACAGGUACUUUAUGUGUCUAAUAAAGUGUUGCAAACAAAAUAUGCAGAUUCAGCA